CUGGCAAAAUGUCCAGGGCACCUCCGCUGGGGAUGAACGCGGCUCCUCCCGAUUUUGCGAACGCAACUGGCCACCCGGCACCUGCCACGGGGAAUCAAACUGCGGAGGAGGAAAGGUGGUCCGAAGACACUUCGCUCGGCUUGGGCGUGCUCUGCACAAUCUGCGUGGCAUACGCCGCGAUCAUUGCCGUUGGUCUCCUUGGGAAUGUGAUCCUCGUUCAAGUCUUCUUCAAGAUCAAGUCGAUGCAGACCGUCCCAAACAUCUUCAUCACCAGCCUGGCUUUCGGAGACCUGCUCCUCCUGCUCACCUGCGUCCCCGUGGAUGCUGCGUGCUACAUCGUGGACACCUGGCUGUUCGGAAGAAUGGGCUGCAAGCUGCUCUCCUUCAUCCAGAGGACGUCUGUCGGCGUCUCCGUGUUCACUUUAACCGUGCUCAGUGCGGACAGGUGAGUUGGAAGGACCAAGAGUCUGGCAGCGGGGCGGGGUUUGCUCGCGCGUUGGCUUGGAUGGGGCUGAGUUCCGAGUCGGGAGUUUUGGUGUCUUGCAAACCCUCCAACAUUUCUCCAGUAAAAAAAGAGGGACGCUCAUUCCAUAAUGAUAAUUUUACUGUUUCUGCUAGAGAUGGGAGGGCCUGGGGGGGGGGCUGGAAAAACUGGAGGAAAACAGGUGUUCCCCAUUUUCCUCUGGGGGUCCGUUUUUUUCCAGGAAAAAUGGGGGGGUAUGGAAUAUUAAAACUAUAUCCAACUUUUUUUUCUUUCAGUUUUCCCUGGAAAAGACGGCUUUGGGGAAGGGCGGAAAAAACGUGGUGUGCCCCCCCCCCAAUUUUUCUGGGUUUUUUUCCAGGCCUUUCCAACUCUAGUUUCUACCCCAUCCAUCUGACUGGGUUGCCCUAGCCACUCUGAGCAGCUUCCAGCAUAUAUAAUAACAUAAUAAAACAUAUACAGGGCUGCCUUCAGAUGUCUUCCAAUCAACUUGGCUUGGGGGGGGGGGUCGCAUAACUCCAUACCCUCCAACAUUUCUCUGAUGAAAAUAGGGACGUCUUAAGGAAAAGCAGGAAAUUCUGGGAUCAAGAAACUGGGAUGGCUUUUGUAAAUCCGGGACUGUUUCUGGAAAAUAGGGGCACUUGGAAGGUCUGAGUUACCUGCCCAGGGACACCAGUGAAAGAGUCCAUAGGGGCCAUGGCACCCUGUAUUUAUCACCUCUCAUUUUAAAAACUGCCUUCUAACAAUAACUCAGUUGCAUCCUAGGCAUUUUCAGAGUGUUGUCCCCCACCCCCAAAAUAAUCCUGGUAACAUUGGUUUGUUAAGGGUAUUGGGAAUUGUAAAGCUGUGAGGAGAUCAAACUGUUAUUUAAUUAUUACCUUCAUAAAGGUAAAGGUAAAGGGAUCCUUGACCAUUAGGUUCAGUCGCGGACGACUCUGGGGUUGCGGUGCUCAUCUCGCUUUACUGGCUGAGGGAGCCGGCGUACAGCUUCCGGGUCAUGUGGUCAGCAUGACUGAGCCGCUUCUGGCGAACCAGAGCAGCGCACGGAAACGCCGUUUAGCUUCCCACCGGAGCGGUACCUAUUUAUCUACAGUGGUACCUCAGGUUACAUACGCUUCAGGUUACAGACUCUGCUAACCCAGAAAUAGUGCUUCAGGUUAAGAACUUUGCUUUAGGAUGAGAACAGAAAUUGUGCUCCGGUGGCACGGCGGCAGCAGGAGGCCCCAUUAGCUAAAGUGGUGCUUCAGAUUAAGAACAGUUUCAGGUUAGGAACAGACCUCCGGAACCAAUUAAGUACUUAACCCGAGGUACCACUGUACUUGCACUUUGACGUGCUUUCGAACUGCUAGGUGGGCAGGAGCAGAGACCGAGCAACGGGAGCUCACCCGUUGCAGGGAUUCGAACUGCUGACCUCUGAUCGGCAAGUCCUAGGCUCUGUGGUUUAACCCACAGCGCCACCCUUGUCCAAUUACCUUCAUAGACCACAUUUUUCUUCCAAGGAGCUUAAGAGAGUGUACAUGCUUCUUUCUCCCUCUCCCCCAAUUCAUCCUCACAACGACCCUGUGAAGUAGGUUAGGCCAAAAGGCAGUGACUGGCCCAAGGUCGCCCAGUGAGCAGGAUUUGAACCCUGGUCACUCUAACCAUUAUGACACUGCCUCUCUAUGGUUGUAGUUACUGUUGUUGCUGUUAUUAAUUAAAUUUAUGUUGCUCAAGGAAACCUAAAGCAACUUACAACCAGUUCCCAGGUUCUUUGAGGGGUCCUUUACCUUUUUUACCUGUCAAGGGGGCUGGGAAUUGUAGCUCUGUGAGGGGUGAACUGCAAUUCCCAGGAUCAUUUGGGCGGAGAGGGAUGUCAUGUGCUUUUAAUGUACAAUGUGUAUACAGUCUUUGAAACGACCCCUUAGCCUGGGGGGGGGGGAUUUGAGCCUGUGCCCCACUCCACUAGGUACUGGAUUCCACCUCCCCAACCAGCACGGCCAACAGCCAAGGUGAUGGGAGCUUUUGAUGUCCCUGUUUCCCAUUAUUUCAAAGCUUUGUAUUUCCAGUCUGUGUUUGGAGAUUAAGACCUCCCUUUAUGUUAAUGGAAGCAACUGUAUUUUUUAGCAAUUUGUCUCAGAUAUGUAAAAUGUUAACUCUUGAUUCCUGAAUAACGGACGCUGAAUGUGACAUGGAAUAUUUGGAACAAUCCCAAAUGAUUUAACUGCUAGCAUCUGGAAGAACAACAUUUCCCACUUUAUAUGAUAGUGAUAACGAUGGUGAUGGUGGUGGUGGUGAUGAUGAUGAUGAUACAAUGUUGUUGUUGUUUAGUCGUGUCCGUGGACCAGAGCAUGCCAGGCACCUCUGUCCUCCACUGCCUCCCGCAGUUUGGUCAAACUCAUGCUGGUAGCUUCGAGAACACCGUCCAACCAUCUCGUCCUCUGUCGUCCCCUUCUCCUUGUGGCCUCCAUCUUUCCCAACUUCAGGGUCUUUUCCAGGGAGUCUUCUCUUCUCAUGAGGUGGCCAAAAUAUUGGAGCCUCAGCUUCACAAUCUGUCCUUCCAGUGAGCACUCAGGGCUGAUCUCCUUAAGAAUGGAUGAUGAUACAAACCAAGUGCCAAAAGGCAGGAUAAAAUAAGUUGUGUCUUGAUGCCACCUAGUGGUGUAUUAAAGCAGUUCAGGAAGAGCAAAAAUUGAAGUGUAAGAAUGACAUAAAACUUUUGCAGCCCAUUUAUCAGUGUAGAUCAGGGGUCAGCAAACUUUUUCAGCAGGGGGCCGGUCCACUGUCCCUCAGACCUUGUGGCGGGCUGGACUAUAUUUUUUUGGGGGGGGGAUGAACGAAUUCCUAUGCCCCACAAAUGACCCAGAGAUGUAUUUAAAAUAAAAGCACACAUUCUGCUCACGUAAAAACACCAGGCAGGCCCCACAAAUAACCCAGAGAUGCAUUUUAAAUAAAAGGACACAUUCUACUCAUGUAAAAACACGCUGCUUCCUGGACCGUCUGCGGACCGGACCGAGAAGGCGAUUGGGCCAGAUCCGGCCCCGGGCCUUAGUUUGCCUACCAUGGUGUAGAUGAAGCCCCAACCAAAAGGCAGAAUAGAAUCUCCAAGGCUCAAUAUAUUUGUCCAAACAGGCUGAGAUCAGCUAAGCCAACUAUGUUCAAUUUAGUUAAUUGCCAUAUGCAUGCAAGCGUUAAGCAUUCGUAACAGAUUGUUCCAAAAGUCUGGAAGCCAAACACAUUUCCUGGAGUCUGAUGGGGCACAGAGAAUGCCAGGGAGACUGUUAUUGGGAAACGGGGUGUUCCUUUGAUUUCGCUCAGUGCUUUCAUUGCUUUCAACACUCUGACCUUAAUUGCCAUUCCAGGUACAAGGCAAUUGUGAAGCCCUUGGAACUGCAAAGGGCUGAUGCCGUCCUGAAGACCUGCUGCAAAGCCGCGGCCGUCUGGAUCAUCUCCAUGUUAUUAGCCGUUCCAGAGGCCGUGUCCUCUGACCUCUACGCCUUUCACAUUCCUGAUAAAAACGGCUCCUUUGAGACCUGCGCGCCUUACCCCGUCUCCGAGAGAAUCAUCCAGGAAGCUCAUUCUCUGGUGUGCUUCUUGAUGUUUUAUAUCAUACCGCUGGCAGUUAUAUCGAUCUACUACUUUCUCAUUGCAAAGGCGCUGUACAAAAGCACAUCCAACAUGCCAGCAGAAGAGCACAGCCAUGCUCGCAAGCAGGUAAGUAGAGAUCUAGGGCAGCCUUCGCCAAGCUGGUGCCCUCCAGAUGUUUGGGGUUGCUGCUCUGGCUGAUUGAGAGUCCAUCUCCCUGGAAGCCCAUAGCAGAAGCUUCUUCACUUAUGGAAGGUUGUAUCAAUAGGUGAGCGAGGAGCCAUGCACCUGGAAAGCGCCACUUUGCUUAAUUAAGUAGCUAAUCAGCAAUGUUAAUUAACUGUGCUACUGAGAUGUAUGUUGUGCUGACCUGAGCAGUGGUUUUUAACUACUGGUGGUCAUCUACUUCGGGGAGUUGAAGGCCAGACUUCUGUUCAUUGAUGGGAAACAUCGCUUUCACGCGUCUCCUGCAUCAAACCUUACUUUCUUUUAACUCACCUGGUUUAUCAGCCCAGUUGAGCUUCUGUGCUAAGAAGGUAUGGAACGGAAAGCCACCAAUGUUCUCCUCCACCACUGAGAGGGUUUGGUUGGCAAAUCUCUGGUCAUACCUAGCCAAGCUCAUAUAUAUUGAUGAGGUUGUGUGAGUCAGGCUGUUUCAAAGCCUUCCUGCAAAGGACAAAUCUUCAUUUGCAGGUGCAGCUUGAAGAAGCUGUGGUUCGUUGCAGGAUUAAACAAUUAAUUUCAUCCCCCCCCCAAAUGUACAGUUGAAUUGGUAAUUCUGGAUGUCUCUGCUACCAGUGAACAAAAUAUUGGUGUUUUGCAACUUUAACCUGUUGCACGAUCUCAGCCAGACCCAGUUGAGUAUAGCAGAGCAUACGCAGACUUCCAGAAGCAAUCAGUUGCAGGCAGGAAGGAUGAAGCAGGAACAAGACGCUUCUACUAGUAACUUGGUUACUUAGAGGUGUUUAUUAUUUACAGCAGACUCUACAAGUUACUGUAUACAUGAACAGAUACGGAUCUUAAACUAGCUCUCUCUUAACAAACUCCAAACGACUCUCAGAACACCACACUGACCAAUGCUAUCCAGUCAGGGAAGCUUAUGAGUCAUCAUGCCUAAGUGGAAACCUCGACCAAUAGCAGAGUUGUAUCCAAGAUCCCAUAUCUCUAGGCAGAAUUACUCCCUCUGCUCAGUCUUCUUGGCCUUCGGACAACUCUUAAUUGCUUUGUAUGAAGCUGCACAUAGGCAAAAUCCCAACACAAAAUACAUUUGAUAAAAUGCUGUUGUGUUUGUCUGAACCUUGCUUUGACCAAGGUUUUGACCAUAAUCAAUGAGCAUGCAACAGAAGAAUUCUACUGUUUUUUCCAAAGUGAGCAAAUCCUGUACUCAGAAGUAAGUCCUGUUGAAUUCAGUGGGAAACUCUUCGGUAAGGGAGUACCCUAGGCUUUUUGUAAUUUACCAAGGUAACAAAUAUUUUGACGAUUAAAGCAUUUUUGUUGUUGUUCCAAGAAAAGUUAAUACUUUAAAAACACAUUGCCAAUAUUUGACAUUUAAGUUGGUCAGCCACUCAAAUCUUCUUGAACUAUUAAAAUCUCCUAACCUUCUGCAAAUAAAUAAAGUUGCAGGAUGGAGAGUUCAUUUUGUUUCCUCCAACACAUAAACCAUAGCUCCUGCCCAAAGAAACUUCAAUACAGCUUUCCCAAACCUGGUGCCUCCCAGAUGUUUUAAAAUACAAUUCCCAUCAUCCUGAGCUAGCAGAGCUCACUGGGCACCAAGUUCAGGGAGACUGGUCUAACCUUUACUGCCAUGUUGUUUCGGGGCUAUUUUCUUUUAAGAUUAUAUGCAGAAGGACACCCAAAUACCCUGGCUAACACACCACCAAUUGCACACCUUCCUUAACAAUGGGAGGACGACAUAGGCUACGAAAUCAACCCCACCCAAUGGACCAAAAUGUGGUCUAAACCUCCCUUUAAGUCCAUAUCAGUGAAAAGAAAAGAACUCACUCUGAAACUCACCUACAGGUGGCACCUAACACCACAGAAACUAGCGCUAAUACGCCCAGGAACGUCACCAAAAUGCUGGAGAGGGUGCACCUCCACAGGCACAUACCUCCCCAUGUGAUGGGAUUGCCUCAAAAUCCAACCCUUCUGGACAGCAGUCAUAGAAGAAAUAAGCAAAAUACAGUGGUACCUCUGGUUGCGAACGGGAUCCAUUCCGGAGGCCCGUUCGCAACAUGAAAAGAGCGUGGGUUGCGAUUUGCCGCUUCUGCGCAUGCAUGUGACAUCAUUUUGUGAUUCUGCACAUGCACGAGCGGCAAAACCCGGAAGUAACCCUUUCUGGUACUUCCGGGUUGCCGCGGGACGUAUCCUGAAGGAACGUAACAUGAAGCGGACGUAACAUGAGGUAUGACUGUAAUUAAACAGGUAUUAGACGUCACCCCAGAACUGGCCCUACUGAACAUCUUCCAAGAUAAUAAUGCCCAGUCAUAAAGAGCUCAUAACCCAUCUACGCUCAGCAGCCAGACACUGAAGAGACCUGUCAGGAAUAAACAUGGACCAAUGGUAUGAAAUUGUAUGGGGAACGGUCUUAUUAGAAAAACUAACCAAUAAACUGAAGCUACCACAGGGACAAAAAGAAGACGACGCCUUCAUUCCAGUUUGGUUCCCUUUAUCACAUACACAGCCCAACAAGACAACGACAAGAAUCCACCGUCAGGAAACGAAUCAAUAUGGCUAACCUGAUUCAAAAACACCCACCCACCCAUCCCACAAAUGCAAACAAACCCCACUGCAGCCAACCACAGACAACCAACCACACCCUGGCCCCCAAUACCUCUCACUACCAAGGAAAUGUAAUAAAUGAAUAGAAAGAAGAACCUACCCAGCUAACGCUGACACAAAACCCCACACAUACACUAAGUAAAAAAACAUAAGCUUUACCACCACCCUCCCCCUCUCCAACUCUUUUCUUCCUAACCUUAUAAUGCAUAUGACACCGAUGUCUCACAACAAAUGAAACUGAUCUGUAGGAAACACAACCUGAAGAAAGAGGCAAUGCUUGUGCUUUUCUGAAUGAGGAAAAUAUUUAGUCACAAUUGUUAUUUUUUUAAAGAGAUUGUAUGCAGAUUUAAUUUUUUUUGGACAGGAAAUAUUUUAAAUAUCAGAAGUCUACAGAAACACUUUGUUAAGCAGCUGCAAAUCUUCUACAGUGGUACCUUGGGUUACAGACGCUUCAGGUUACAGACUCCGCUAACCCAGAAAUAGUACCUCGGGUUAAAAACUUUGCUUCAGGAUGAGAACAGAAAUCGCGCAGCGGCAGCGGGAGGCCCCAUCAGCUAAAGUGGUGUUUCAGGUUAAGAACAGUUUCAGGUUAAGAAUGGACCUCCGGAACGAAUUAAGUUCUUAACCUAAGGUACCACUGUACAUAACAUAGAUGUAUCCUGAUGGCAACUCUUAAAUUCUCCCAGAAUUACCACAGAGCUAGCUGCAUUCACUUUCAUAUCACAGGUGCAGAGCUGCGUGUUUACUCAAACUGAACAGACUCAGGUUUUCAUCAGCUAUGCACAAGGAGGACACAGGCUUAUAUUAACAUUUAUUUCAAUUUGCUGAAGAGUUUCUGAGCCACACAAUGGUCUCUAGCAUGCAAGAAGGCAAAGAGUGCCUCUGUACACUCCUCUAAACGUUCCCAAGCUUUCACACAUUUCUCAAUCUGUUCACAAUGCUCCCUGACGGUAGUUUAAGGAUCCACAAGCUCUUCUUCAUCCUUCUCAGCACGUUUUCCAAAGGUGACAACCUUCUUCAGAGGGCUCCCUUUCACGAUUUACAAGGGGUGAUGUGGGGUGGGGUGGGGGCGUCUGGCGUACACAUUGCUUUUCGUGACUCUCGUAUGCAGAUUUAUUUUUUUUAAAAAGUGGGUUUUUUUACAUGUGCAACGAUUUCCCUCUGCAGAUUGAAUCUCGCAAGAGAGUCGCCAAAACUGUGCUGGUCUUGGUUGGCCUGUUUGCCCUCUGUUGGCUCCCGAAUCAUGUCCUUUACCUUUAUCGUUCCUUCACUUACUACGCUUCUGUCGACACAUCCACCUUCCACCUCGUUGCCACAAUAUUCUCCCGGGCUCUGGCUUUCAGCAAUUCCUGCGUCAACCCCUUUGCUCUCUACUGGCUGAGCAAAAGUUUCCGCCAACAUUUUAAGAAGGAAGUCCUGUGCUGCCAAGCCAAGACCCCUCCGGGCCAUUCCCGCAUCGUCCAGAGUGCAACUCCCACCAGGGCCAUGUCGGUCACAGGCUCCGAAAUCAGUGUCACUCUGCUGACAGAUUAUAGCAUCACUAAAGAAGAGGAGAGUGUUUAA